UACGCUGAACUUCCUGCUGUAUUUUCUGUAUUUUUAUCCACAGAUCUGCAUAAUCGUGGAAUGAGGUUACGACGAAAGGAGAAAUUUUAAAAUAGGACGGAUUCCAUAGGCCCUUUCUAGAGAUCUGAGUUGCAUGGUGCAAUACUACUUCACCAGGGUUAACCAUUCGAAAAAAAAUGUUUCUUAUACUUCUAACAGGAUUCCUGUUACUGAAGGUUAGCCUUGUAGCUUCAGAAUGUAACCAGGGGUUUUAUACAAGUUCCUCCGGAACAGUGUCUUCACCAUCUUAUUCUACAAGUUCAACUUAUGCCAACAACCUGUACUGCACAUAUGAUAUCACAGUUGGAAGUGGUUCUGGAAUUAAACUAACAUGGUUGUCAUUUGACAUUAAGGGAAAAAUGCCAAACUGUGAUGAUGACUAUGUGGAGAUUUUCAUAGGAUGUGGAAGACAUUCCAUUGGAAAGUACUGUUCUGAAAAUGGAUACCAGCCAUUUGAUGUUUAUUCAAGGGACAACUGCCUGCGCAUAAGGUUCAAGUCUGAUGGGUCUGGUGCAGGCAAAGGAUUUCAAGCAACUUACAAAUCAUUUUCAUCUGGAAGUCCAAGUGGUGUGGGAGGCUCAUGUUUGUCAACAAGGACUCUUUCUUCAACUUCUGGUAUUAUUAGCUCUCCAUAUUGGCCUAGAGAUUAUCCCUCUCUCCAAGACUGUUACUGGAAGAUUGAGGUUGGAAGGAAGAAAAGCAUUAAAAUUGCUUUCAUGGACUUUGAUUUAGAAUAUGAUUUUGGAUGUGAUGAUGACAAAGUCAAAGUAAAAGGAGGAGAUGACUCUGAUUCAUAUGAUCAAUCUAGCACCAUCAGAAACUCUGCUUGUGGUGAAAAGUCACCCUUUCACUUUACUUCAUCAAAAGAGCGAAUUUGGAUUAGGUUUAAAUCUGACAGUUUUAGAAGUGAGCGUGGGUUUGUUGCUGGCUAUGUCAUGUAUGAAUCAAGAAGUCCAAGUGGUGUGGGAGGUGAUAGCAGCCUUGGUGGUGUUGUGGUUGGCAUCCUGCUUCCACUGGUUUUUGUGUUUGUUUGUGCGGGUUGUAUUUACUAUAGAUGUGUUCGUCAAAGGAGACUGGCAAGAGCACAACAACACAUAACUGUAGCUCAUGUUACUGCCCCAACACAGCAAGUAACCAUAAAUCACCCUCCCCCAGCACCUCAGCCAGGGUAUGGGCCCCCACCUUCCCAAGCAGGAUACUUUCCUCCCCCGCAGUCUGGCUAUGCACCUCCACCACAGCCAGGUUAUGCACCACCACCCUACAGUCAGGUGGUGGGGGCACCAUACCCACAACAAGACAAGUCUGGAUCUUAUCCUGCUGCACCACCUGGUGGACAACCAUAUCCUCCUGGUCCUCUUGCACCAUACCCGCCAGGAGAACCAGCUGGAGUACCACCCUACCCCACUGGACAACCAGAUGGAGUGCCUCCCUACCCAGCAGUUCAGACGGCACCUGGAGGCGUGGCACCUUACCCAUCAGCACCUCCUCCUGCAACAGCCCCACCCUAUCCUCCGCAGUAAUUGCCUGUCAAGUAUACAAAUCCUUCUCAUUUGAAAGCAAAUCUAACAUUUUGGGUCAGCAAAUGUUGGAUUGGUAAACAAAAAUCUCCAACUCUUUUAAACCGCUGAAAAAACCUGGUCCUCCUCAUAUUGCGAAUUGGUGUAACAAGUUUAGCAGAGCAGCAAAUUCAGGUGAAUUCCAAGGACAUUUUGCAACUAGUAACAUUUGUUAAGGUGAUUCCUCAGUUUUGCACCGCGCAUCCUGUAUUGCGCAUGAAAAUCACGUAAUCAGGGGAAUGAGCGCAAGUGCAUUACGAGAAGACGGUAUUGUUCUUUAAUACCUGGAAAGAGGUACGAUGGUCUUAAGGUCUUGAACGAGCAGGGUGACAGUAUAUAUAUUUUUUCCAUAAUUUUGGUGUACAAUUUAUCCCCUUUUAAUCAGGGAAAUUAUAAAAAAAAAUUUUCGAAGAGAAAUUAAGAUAAAGCUAGAAGCGUGGACGAGGAUGCAAAUUAUGUUCUUGAAAGGAACGACUCGUGAAACGUUGGAGUCGAUGUCGUUCAGUUUUGCGUGAUUUUCGCACAAAUUAUAUAUCAAAUUGUUCCGCACGCUUCACACUUUCUUUCAAUCGAGUUGUUUAAAAGUGUUACUUUAAAAACCGUUGCCUCUAGCAGCAGCGAAAUGUACUGUAUCCACCCAAUUUAAAUGAAAUUUUCGACGCCAAAAAAUAAGAAUCAAAAUUACCCACUUCUAAUCGUUAAUAUUAUCUUACUCUGUGGAACUGCAACAAUAGGAAUCCGCAUUCUUUUACCUCGGUUAUUUUAUGAGAACUGUGUCGUAUUUGUUUGUAUCAAACUAAAAGAUAAUGCGGAAAAAAACAAACAAAAAAAUAACCAAUGCCUCCUAUGAGAAAGCUUCAAAUAAGCCGUCGCACCUUUUACAAUUUUAUUGUCUACAUGUAGACGAUGUUUUUCAACAAGUAAUAUUUAUUAUGCUAUUUAAGUACCAUAUUUAAGCAAUGCAUAACACUUGAGUAUAAUUGGCUCAGUGCUUAAAUUUCUUGGAAUUUUAUUUUACAUUUUAGGAAAAAGCCUGUUACACUAUGUGCUUAAUAAAGUUGAAACUGAC